AUGUUCCCGUUGCUGCUCCUGGCACUGAGCAUCUGCGCCCACCCUGGCACAGCUGUGUCCCCAGCUGUCCCCCCACGCCACAUGGACUCGGUGCUCGACAUCCUGGAUGCCCUCGAGUCCCCGGCCCGGGGCGGCUCCCCCGGCACCGCCGCGGCCGUGGGGAGAGGGCUGGGAGUCUGCAGCACCCCGGGGUGCCGGGCGGUGCUGGGCGAGCCCCUCGGGGCCCCCGAACGCCCCCCGGCUCUCACCCCGGGCCAGUGGCAGCUCCUGACCGAGCUCCUCCACCACGACCCGGCGACACCGGAGCUAGGGGCGGUGCUGGCGCCCGACGGCUCCACGGUGGCCCUCGGUCCCCUCCUGGCCGGCAUCGAGGCGGGGCUGAGAUCCAGCGGGUUUGGGCGACCCCUCCCCACCCUCGACCCGCCCGCCGACCCCCUCUUGGCUGUCACCAUCACCGAGGCUUUGGGGACAUCCUUCCUGCUGGCGCAGGGGGGUGACCACAACGCCACCGCGUUGGGACCCGGCGGCUGCUGGGACGACGUGGAGAACCCCCAAAAUUACACCUUGAGGGGUCCCCCGUCCCCUGUCCCCGACCCUGUGGCCAUCGGGGCCAUGGAUGGGGCGGUCCUGGGGGCGUGGCUGGCCCGGGGACCCCUCCCGGUGGCCGAACUGCUUCGGGGCUACUACGGGACCGGGAAUGGCUCGGAAGUGGGGAGACCCCCCAGCAGUUACCGGCGCCGGAAUUUUGGGGCACUGGCGGGACAGGGACGUCUGGAGAAGGAGGUGGCAGCGGUUUUGGAGCUGCUGAGGACGCUGUCGCCCACCUCGGAGCUCCUGAGAGACGUGGGGACACAGGAGGUAGCGGCCCUGGCUCAGAGGGCGGCGCGGGAGUUCAGCGAGCGCUACGUGGAGUGCCCGGCCAUCAUGCCGCGCUGCCUGUGGGGUGCCCGUCCCUACCGGGGCACUCCGGCCCCGCUGCAGCCCCCGCUGGGCUCGGUAUUCCUGCACCACACCCUGGAGCCAUCACGGCCCUGCCAGACCUUCAGCGCCUGCGCCCGCGCCAUGAGGGAAAUGCAGCGCUUCCACCAGGACACCCGUGGCUGGGACGACAUUGGCUACAGCUUUGUGGUGGGCUCGGAUGGGUACCUGUACGAGGGCCGGGGGUGGCACUGGGUGGGUGCCCACACCAAGGGCUACAACACCCAAGGCUUCGGCGUUGGCAUCGUUGGGGACUUCACGGCCACCCUACCAGACCCCGACACUCUGGCCCUCGUGCGGGACGAGCUCCUGCCCUGCGCCAUCCACUUCGGCCACAUCCGGCCGGACUUCAUCCUGCGUGGCCACCGCCAGCUCGGCCACACCGACUGCCCCGGCAACGCCCUCUUCCAGGAGAUCCAGAGCUGGCCUGGCUUCCAGGGGACACCGGUAGCAUGGGGACUCGGAGUGGGCGGCCUGAUGGGAACUACAAGUGGCGCACCGCGCCUGUCCCCGGCGGUCAAUCGGCGGCGACCCCGAAAGGGGCAGGAGGUUCCCGGGAGCCGCCGCUGGGAGCGGAUGCAGGGCUGGAGACGCACCGACAGCCACCCCGGCACCGACGGCGACUGGGCUGGCGACAGUGGUGUCCCCAAGGCCAGCGCGUGCGGGUCCCUGUUCCAAAAGGCGUUUUUCGCCCCCUCCAAGGCGCCCAAGUGUACAGGGGACCCGAGGGGGACAAGAGGGGACGAAGCCACCCCUGCAGCAGUACCUGCAUUCCGAGGACAGGAGGAGGCGACACGGCGACAACGGAGCCAGGGCAGCGCUGGGGGCACAGGAUGA